UCCGAUUUAUAUCGCUAAGAUGCCUGAACCCACCAAGUCAGCUCCUGCCCCAAAGAAAGGCUCGAAGAAGGCGGUGACCAAGGCGCAGAAGAAAGAUGGCAAGAAGCGCAAGCGCAGCCGGAAGGAGAGCUACUCUGUGUACGUGUACAAGGUGCUGAAGCAGGUCCACCCGGACACCGGCAUCUCGUCCAAGGCCAUGGGCAUCAUGAAUUCAUUUGUCAACGACAUCUUUGAGCGCAUCGCGGGUGAGGCGUCGCGUCUGGCGCAUUACAACAAGCGCUCGACUAUCACAUCCAGGGAGAUCCAGACGGCCGUACGCCUGCUGUUGCCCGGGGAGUUGGCCAAACACGCCGUGUCCGAGGGCACCAAGGCCGUCACCAAGUACACCAGCUCCAAGUAAACUUGCCAAGUCUUCAAGUUGAUCCUGACGGUGAGCCGGACUUUGGCGAUGAACCCUUACCCAGAAUACGAAAGAGCAUGCUCUUAUCAACUUCAUUCUGCUCAGAGCUUUGCAUUUUUCUUUUUUUUUUUUUUUCAUUUUUAAACCACAGAUACAUAUAUUUCGGGGGGUGGGGACUGAAUUUUCACAAAAAUGUUACAAAUGUUUUUUUCUGGUUUCCUUGCUUUGGAAUUGGUGCAGUUUCUGCGGUGAGGAGGAGCCUACGCUCUAUCCUAAAGGCGGAAAAGAAAAGCAAAACGAAGCCUUCAAAUCCUGUCAGCUGCUAUAAUUUCUUUCCCAGAAAGUCCUAUUUAAUUUGUAGUCCUCUGGGGGCAGCAUUCAGCUUUAAAGUAUUCUGGGUCUCAGAUGUCCGGUUAUCAUUCUCUCCAUCGGUAAAGGAGUCUGUCU